AGUAAGCAACGGAGAGUUCUAAGAUCUGUUAAGGAUGACAUGAAAUGUGUGGAUGUAAAGUGGAACGAGAAGAAGUGCGCGGCUGUUUAUGUGAACAGAGGGUGUUUGAUUCAAGGGCGGAAAACUUGGAGAUUGACAAUGCUAAAGCAAAUGGUAGUUUGGAAGAAGGUUGCUCUUACACGUUUCUGGGAGUAUUGAAAAAUGUGAAACAAGAAGACCGAAUUGUUCUUCAAAAUGAAGCGAAGGUGUACUUGCAAAGGUUAUCUAUUAUCAGGUCUAUCUCGCUCACAGACUACCACAGAGUGGCUGCUUCGAAACAGUAUGCUUUACCACUUUUAACGUAUUUCAUGUGGACCCAGACAUGGCCACUUGCCGACUUACAGCAAUUGGAUAGAAAAGCGCGUAAAGUUAUCGUGGAGAAUGAUGGGAAUCACCCCCGCUGGGAUCGAUAG